AUGAGCAAACAAAACACCAAGAAAAAGACCGAACUUGAGAAGGUCACCUUCACAAAUUCUACACCACUGGGUGAAAAGAAGGACGUUCAAUCCAUUGAAAUGCCUGCUCAAUACCAUCCAGAAUUUGUAGAAAUGGCUUGGUACGAGUAUUGGCAUAAGAAGGGAUACUUUACUGCUGAUGCCAACGAUACAACAAAGGAAACAUUUACUAUUGCUUUACCUCCACCAAACGUUACAGGAUCUCUCCAUAUUGGACAUGCUCUUACUGUAGCUGUUCAAGAUGCCAUCUGUAGAUAUCACAGAAUGAACGGAAAGAAUGUCUUAUAUAUUCCUGGUGUUGACCAUGCUGGUAUUGCCACACAAGUUGUUGUAGAAAAACAAUUAGCCAAGCAAGAUCCUCCAGUUUCAAGACACGAAAUCGGAAGAGAAAAAUUCGUAGAAAAAGUCUUUGAAUGGAAGGAAGAAUAUGGUCAAAAAAUUAUGAACCAACUUAAGAGAAUUGGUGCUUCUUUGGAUUGGACUAGAGAAUGCUUCACUAUGGACGAAACACUGAGCGUUGCUGUCAAGGAAGCUUUCAUCAAAAUGUACGAACAAGGAAUUAUUUAUCGUAAGAAUAGAUUGGUAAAUUGGAGUUGUGUUUUGAAAUCAGCUAUUAGUAACAUUGAAGUCGACAGUGAUGAGGUUGAAGGAAAUAAGCUCUUUAUUCCAGGCCAUCCUGAAAAUAAGAAAUACGAAUUUGGUAAAAUGUGGUCUUUUGCUUACAAAUUUGAAGAUCAAGAAUUUGCCAAUGAUGAAAUUAUUAUUUCCACAACUCGUCCAGAAACAAUGUUGGGAGACGUUGCUGUAGCUGUCCACCCAGACGAUCCAAGAUAUAAGAAAUUCCACGGAAAGACUUUGAUUCACCCAUUCCUUGAAAGAAAAUUGGUUGUUAUCACUGAUAAGGAAUUGGUUGAUAUGAAUUUUGGUACUGGUGCUGUCAAAAUCACUCCAGCUCACGAUCCAAACGAUUUUGAAUGUGGUCUCAGACAUAAUUUGGAAAUGAUCUGUGUUUUCACUGAUGAUGGUAAGAUCAAUGAAAAUGGUGGUGAAUUCAAGGGUAUGAUGAGAUUUGAUGCUCGUUAUGCUGUCAUUGAAGAAUUGAAGAAGAAGGGUCUCUACAGAGAUGAAAAGGUCCACAAGCUCGCUCUUAAGAAGUGUUCUCGUUCAAAGGAUGUUAUUGAACCAAUGCUCAAGCCUCAAUGGUAUGUCAAGAUGGAUGAUUUGGCCAGACAAGCUUGCGAAGCUGUUCAAAAUGGUACUUUGAAGAUUGUUCCAGAAAGAGAAAAGACUACUUGGUUCCACUUUUUGGGUGCUGAAAACGUUCAAGAUUGGUGUAUCUCAAGACAAUUAUGGUGGGGUCACAGAAUUCCAGCCUAUCUUGUCAAGAUUGCUGGUAAGGAACAUUUGAGUGCUGAUGAUGAAAAAUGGUGGAUUGUUGCUCAUGAUGAACAAGAAGCUAGAGCUAAGGCUAUGGAAAAGUUCAAGGAUUUGGUUACUUCUGAAAGUGAUAUCAUUUUACAACAAGACGAAGAUGUUUUGGAUACUUGGUUCUCAUCUGGUUUGUUCCCAUUCUCUCCUUUGGGUUGGCCAAAUACUGAAUCUGCUGAUUUCAAGAGAUUCUUCCCAACUCAAAUGCUCGAAACUGGUUUGGAUAUCUUGUUCUUCUGGGUUUCUAAGAUGGUUAUGAUGAGUUUGAGUCUUACUGGUGAACUUCCAUUCACUGAAGUUUUGCUUCACGCUAUGGUUAGAGAUAAGGAAAAUAGAAAGAUGUCUAAGAGUUUGGGUAACGUUAUUGAUCCAAUUGACGUCAUUGAAGGUAUUACCCUCCAAGAAAUGAAUGACAAGCUCAAGCAAGGUAACUUGUCAAGCAGGGAAAUUGAAAAGGCUGCUCUUGGUCAAAAGAAGCAAUUCCCUGAAGGUAUCCCUGAAUGUGGUACUGACGCUUUGAGAUUCACUUUGUUGAACUAUACUGCUCAAGGUCGUGACAUUGCUUUGGAUAUUUUGCGUGUCUUUGGUUAUCGUACUUUCUGUAACAAGAUGUGGCAAACUACCAAGUUUGCUUUGAUGAACUGGACUGAUUUCAAGUCGGAAGGUAUUGAAAACUAUCCAACUGAUCUUUCUAACUUGACUUUCAAUGACAAGUGGAUUCUCAGUAGAUUGAACAAGACCAUUAAGGCCUGUAACGCUUCAUUCGAAAAGGGCAAUUAUGACUUUAUGACAUAUACUCAAUCUUGUUAUGAUUUCUGGUUGAAGGAUUUGUGUGACCAAUAUUUGGAAAUGAUUAAGAAUGAUAUCAAGUCUGAAGAUUUGAACAGACGUAGAACUACUCAAUUGGUUUUGUACACUUGUAUUGAACAAUGUUUGAGAUUGUUGCACCCAACUAUGCCUUUCAUUACUGAAGAAUUGUGGCAAAGACUUCCAGGUCACUCUGCUUUCCCAUCCAACAGAGAAUCCAUUAUGAUUUGCCCAUAUCCUGCACCAGUUGCUGCUUGGGAAAAUGAUAACGUUGAAACUGAAAUGAAAUUCGUUAUGGAAGUUGUUCACGCUAUUAGAUCACUUAAGGGUGCUUACAAGUUGACUCCAAAGCAAACUCCUGAAGUUUAUAUUAUUACAAGCUCUCAAAAUGAUCUCUUGAAGAGUGUUAAGGCUUAUAUUGAAAUGUUGGCCUUAUCAGGAAAUCUUUACUUUGAUGUUGAAGUUAAGGAUAUUCCAGCUGGUUGUGGUGUUGAAGUUGUUAACCAAUAUUGCGAAAUUCACAUGAUGCUUAAGGGACUCAUUGAUAUUGACCAAGAAGUCAAGAAGCAAGAAAAGAAUAAGGAAAAGCUUGUUAAGGUUCGUGACUCGCUCAUUGAAAGAACUCAAACAGAAAAGUACAAGACCAACACUCCAGAAGAAGUUAAGAAUAAUGACCAAAUCAAAUUGGAAGGUUAUAACCUUGAACUUGCCAAGAUUGACGAAACCAUUGAACGUUUGAAGAAAAUGUAAAAUCUUUUAAGUUAUUAAAUCAAAAAAUUCAUAUA